GCUCGCGCAGGCGCAGUUGGUGCGACCGUUGGGGCGCGAAGGGUUUCUCUGGCGUGUGUGAGGGGAGCGCUGCGCCGGCCGUGCCCCCGCACCCCUGGCUGCGAAAAGGGGGUGCUCCCGCCUUCCCUGAGGGAAUUGCCUGUCCCCUCACGUCUCCUGGCCCUCAGCCUACGAUAAUGACACCAGAACAGAGCCCAGCGGCUUCCCUCAUCGACAGGACCAUCAAAAUGAGGAAAGAGACCGAAGCCCGGAAAGUGGUCUUGGCCUGGGGACUCCUCAACGUGUCUGUUGCAGGCAUGAUAUAUACCGAAAUGACUGGAAAACUCAUAAGCUCAUAUUACAACAUCACAUACUGGCCGCUCUGGUAUAUUGAACUUGCACUAGCGUCUCUCUUCAGCCUGAAUGCCUUAUUUGAUUUCUGGAGGUACUUCAAAUACACAGUGGCACCGAUGAGCUUGGUUGUGAGUCCUGGCCAGCAGACCCUGCUGGGUUUGCAGAACGCAGCGGUACAAACAACUCCACCACGUGAGCUGGCAGCAAAGAAAGCGCCGUCUUUGACACCUUCUCCUCCAAUCCAGGGUCAAAGCGUGCUGAGUUACAGCCCAUCACGCUCCCCCAGUGCCAGUCCAAAGUUUACUACCAGUUGUAUCACAGGGUACAGCCCUCAGCUACAGGCUCUGUCAAGCAACAGCGCUUCUUAUGGCAGUGCUGUAACCUAUUCGCCAAGCAGCGGCUACAAUAAGGUUUCCAGCUUCAGCCCCUCUCCCAGUGGAUCAACAUACCCCACCAGUAUUGGGCCAGUGGAAAGCGGCGGGCUGAGGUCUCGUUACCGCUCUUCGCCCAUUCCAUAUAAUUCUCCUACUGGGAAGGAAGACUAUAUGACAGACCUCAAGUCACUGGACACCUUCCUUCGAACUGAAGAAGAGAAACAGCACAGAGUUCAGCUGGGAAGUUCAGAUUCCAGCUCUCCUUCCAGCAGCCCAACUUUCUGGAACUACAGCCGUUCCAUGGCAGACUACGCACAGAUGCUGAGGAAGUUCCAGUAUCAGCUGGCUUGCAGGUCCCAGGCUCCAUCAGCACACAAGGAUGAAGCUGAUCUGAGCUCAAAACAGGCUGCAGAAGAGGUUUGGGCACGGGUGACAAUGAACCGACAGCUCCUUGAUCACAUGGAUUCCUGGACCGCAAAGUUCAGAAACUGGAUUAACGAGACUAUUCUAGUGCCACUUGUCCAAGAGAUCGAGUCCGUGAGCACUCAGCUGAGAAGAAUGGGGUGUCCAGAACUGCAGAUCGGAGAAGCCAGCAUCAGCAGUCUGAAGCAGGCAGCGCUCGUUAAAGCUCCGCUUAUUCCGACCCUGAACGCUAUAGUGCAGUAUUUGGAUCUUACACCGAACCAGGAGUAUUUGGUCGAAAGGAUCAAAGAGCUGUCUCAGGGAGGAUGCAUGAGUUCCUUCCGAUGGAACAGAGGAGGGGAUUUCAAAGGCCGCAAGUGGGACACCGACUUGCCCACCGACUCCUCUAUCAUCAUGCACGUGUUCUGUACUUACCUCGACUCCAGGCUGCCGCCUCACCCCAAGUAUCCGGACGGCAAAACCUUCACUUCCCAACACUUCAUUCAGACGCCCGACAAACCAGACACUUCGAACGAAAACGUCUUUUGCAUCUACCAGAGCAGCAUCAAUCCGCCCCACUACGAGCUGAUCUACCAGCGCCACGUCUACAACCUGCCCAAGGGCAGAAACAACAUGUUCCAUACCUUGCUCAUGUUUUUGUAUAUCAUAAAGACAAAAGAAUCCGGGAUGCUCGGGCGGGUGAAUCUGGGCCUAUCGGGAGUCAAUGUCCUGUGGAUUUUUGGAGAGUGACGUCUCCCGCGGGAUGCCGGCUCGGAGGAACGAUCCUCUGGUGGGACCACCUCAGCAGAGGCGUUACGUUGUCAGCUUAAACACGGACUUACUAUGAAAUGGGAUAAUUUUUAGGCUCUGCUUUGUGGGCAGAGGGGAAGCAAGCAGGGAAGUAAUCCUUGCGUGGGUUUUGUGACAUUUCACUGCCAAAAUGCUUCUACGUAUGAACACCAGGCAGGUUUUCUCUUUCCGGCUCCACACCUGAACGAAUUCUGGUUCACAAGUCAUUUGCUGUUUCUGUUCCACAUAUCCGUUGGUGCUGUCACCACUUAAACUGAGCUUAAUUGAUCUUGGGACUAAACUCCAGUCGUGUUUGAGGGCUUGAAGAGCCCUCCUGAGGUCGUGCACAGCCAUGAGCGAGUUCUCGCGUGGAAGGACACAGUGAUUUGGCCAACUUCAGGGUGUGAAAAAUUCCAGAGACGCGUGAGAAGAGCCAAGUCAGAAUGUUUAGACUCGGUUUUAGUUAAUUUUCUUUCAUGUAUGAAAAAAAUACCAUUAUUUUUUUUUAA